GAGAAAGUAAGUUUGUUUGAUUUGAAAUCACCAUCAUCAUCAUCAAUUAAUUUGUACAUGUGUAUUUGAAUAUGAAAUAUUAAUAAAAGUUUUAAUUCAUCAGAUACAACCCCUGUAUUCAACUCGCAAAAAAAAGUGAUAAAAUGUCGGUGAUCAAAUUUGGAUUUAAUUGAUUUCAAUGACACACACAUGAAAAUACUUGUGUGUUCGUCGAAUCAAGUCAAUUUUUUUUGUCUGUUAUUUAGCAAUUAUAACACAGCAAUAACAAUUUAUUUAUCUCCAUUAUAACAACAAUCUAGUCGCAUUUUGUUUUGUUUUGUUUAAAAAAAAAUUUCAAGACAAUAAAAAAACUACGUAAAUUACGUUGAUUAAAUCAGUCACUGCUUCCGAUUUCGAUAUGACAAUGCUAACUGAUAAUUUUUCCAGUUUUUUUUGACAAAUUUUUCCUCAAGAUUCGAUUCGGAUUUUUUUUUUUGUUCAUCAUCAUCAUCGUUUUGUCUUGUUUUUUGUUUGAAAAAAAUUUCCAUAAUUCAAUACUACACAAAGUGAUCCAAUUUCAUCAUUGUCAACAUUUCGAAAGAACGAAAUAAAAAUGACGCAAAAAGAAAUGUUACCAUUAUCGUUAUAUGAAAUAGCAUUGAAUGUAUUUUGUGAAUCAUUGUAUAGAUGGAGUCAACCUCAACAUCAUUCAUCGAUUAUCAACAACAAUCGUGCCGGUCAUCAAAAUAAUAAAUUAAACAACCAUUUGAAUAAUGGCGGUGGAAAUAAAAAUAUCAACAACAACAACAACAACAGUGCCAAUAAUUUAAGCAAUAACAACGAGAAUAAUAAUGAUAAUCAAUCAUGGUCACGAUUAAUAGCACGUGAACAACAUUCAAUAAAUCUAAUAUUUUCAAGUUUACAUGCACGUACACCACAAUGGGUAUUAUCAUCGCGGCCAUCAUCUACUGACAAUCUUGCUGCUUUUAAUAGCAAUAAUAAUGGCCACAACAAUAAUAAUGUUGAUGAUAAAUUAAGUUCAUUUAAAAAAUCUUGCCAUAAUUUAAUUGGUACAUUCUUUGGACGUAAAUCCUUAGAAUCAUUGGAAGAAGAAACCAUUAGACAACAGCAACAUCUAUCCAGACAACAACAACGACAAAAUAAUGAUGAAGAUGAUGAUGAUGAUGAAUUAUCAGCAAUCCAGCUUUAUUAUAGACUAUCUGAAAAUAUCUGUCAAGAUAUUAUCGAUAGAUUUCAACAAUUAUAUAAAAUGAAUGAUCGUACAUUGUCAUUUCCAUUGUUUGAUGGUGAUGUUAAUACAAUAACCACGUUUCGAAUUGAAAAUGCAACAUUGAUCACUGUGGAUGGAUUAAAAGUAUUGAAAAAACAUAAUUUAAUUCGUUUGAAAAUGGCACAUCUAAUGAAUUGUACGAUUACCGAGUUGAUUAACAAUCUAUCACCUUGGUCUAUUUGGAAUCUGGAAUCAUUUAGUGUUCCACAUUGUUCGCUAACAAAAUUCAAUAAAAUUUGUAUCAUUUUAUCAUUGACAAGAUUAACAAAUCUUGUACAUCUGGAUGUUUCAUAUACAUCAUUCAAUAAUCAAUGUUUAGAAAUAAUAACCGAUCAUCUGGUCAAUUUGAGAUCGUUGGAUUUAACGGCCACCAAAUUAACCCUAUUGAAACCAUUGAGAAAACUAGAAAAAUUGAAUCGUUUACAUUUGCAUAAUGUUGCACUCACUUGUAAAGAUGAAAAUAAUUUAGGUGAACUAAAAAAUCUUGAAUAUCUCGAUAUAUCGGAUGAUCGUUUUGCUAUCGAACCCGAAAGAUAUGUUGUCUAUGAUCAUUUGGCUGAAUUUUUUCCACAAUUUAUUCAAUUUGAACGUUUAACGGAAUUGGAUAUUUCUGGACGUCGUGUGUCAGCAUCAUUAGUUUGUCAACUAAUACGACAACGAUUAUUGGAACAUAAAGAAAAUCCACGAUUUCGUCCAUUAAAAUUUAUUGGUCUUAUGUCAACGGAAUUCAAUUUCACCGAAAUGUUUGAUCUGGAUACACGAACACAUGGCCGUUUAAUGAUUGCUGGAACGGGAAAAUUAAUUCAUGUUAUACAAUCAUUACUUCGAUAUCGAAAUCGUGCAACAUUCAUACAGAAAGCAUUGAAUUGUUUAUGUCAAUAUACAUUUUCCGAUAAUAUUCUAUUGAUUGAGCAACAACAACAACAACAACCACCAUUACUGGAACAAGAAAUUGAUAUAUUUGAUCCGAAUAUUCUCGACAAUAACAACGAUGAUUAUGAUGAUGAUAAUUAUGAAUAUGACGAUACUAUGGAUAGUCGAGAAAUAUUAGCCGCUGAAAGCCGUUUACAGCCGAAUGAAAUUCGUCCAUAUCGAUCAUCACUUGUCGUAUUGAUUGUUGAUAUAAUGGAUAGGCAUAUGAAAAAUCAACAGCUGAUUCUUUUUUCAACUGGUAAUCUUUAUAAUUUAACGAAAAAUAAUUCAAAUCUACAUCCAUUCAUUCUACGUAAAGUCGUAAAUAUUUGUAUUGAAACCAUGAAACAUUAUUCAACGGAAUAUCAAAUCAUCAAAAAUAUUCUAUUGACAAUGUGUUCAGAUCGUAUAUUGCAAGAUAUAACAUUUGAUCGUUAUAGCUGCAUUCGUUUGGUUAUGGAUACAUUGUUUACUUUUAGUGAUUUAUCUGUAAAUCGUCUUGCUCUCGGUAUCUGUGCCAUAUUGGCAGCUAAAAUACCAACCGUAGAGAAUGCAUUGAUGGGUUCACAAUCUGUUUAUCUGAAAAAAUUACUUGAUCUUGUAUCAGAAAGUUAUUGUGUCAACACACCAAAUAGUGAAAUUAUAUUGAAAUUAUCAUUAUCAGCAUUAUGGAAUUUUACAGAUGAUGCACCGAAAACAUGUGAAACAUUCAUCAAACAUAAUGGUAUUAAACUUUAUGUUAAUACAUUGAUUCUAUUUCAAGGUAAAAGCAAUAUUGAAACGAAAAUCCUCGGGCUUUUAAAUAAUAUUGCUGAAGUAAUAUAUUUACGGCGACAUUUAAUACAACCAAAAUUGUUACAUCAGUUAAGAAAACUAAUUUAUUCGGAUCAAAUCGAUGUAAGCUAUUUUGCUAUUGGAAUCCUAGCACAGCUUGCAUCUGACAAUAAUUUAAAUUGGUCAAAGGUCGAAGAUUUUGAUAUGGAUCAAAUGCUGCAACAAAUGCUGAAUCAAAUACAAUCAUGGCCAAAUCCAUCAUUUGAAAUGGUUGCUUAUCGUUCAUUUGAACCAUUCAUGUCAUUGUUAACAAAUGAUCGACAUGAAUCAAUUUCAUUAUGGGCAUUAUGGGCUAUACAUCAUGUUUGUACGAAAAAUCCAAAUAAAUAUUGUCGAAUGUUAUUUGAUGAAAAAUGUAUUACAAAAAUUAUCCGAAUUCUUAUUGAACGUUUACAACGUGAAUAUCGUAUCGAAUGUCAACAACAACAAAGCAAAUUAUCUAGACGUUUAAUUAAUCUAGUAACUAUUACGGAUGAUGAAUUUCAAAUUUUAUGUAAAGCCCAAACCGAUUGGAAUUGUCAUGAACGUAAUCAAUGGAAUAUUAUUAUUGAAAAAAAAUCUUCAACAAAUGAUAAUAAUCGAUUAUUGGAAUGUAAAACACCGUUUAUCAACUGGAAAAAACCUGCCACACUAGUUGAUGAAUGUGAUUGUUUACUUAAAUAUUGGUUGGAUAAUGAUCCAUUAAUACGAUUAUCAUCAAUCAUAUUGAAAUCAUUUCAUUGUUUCUCACCAAUACCGCUCAAACUAUGAUGAUGAUUUCAUUGGAGCCUAUUCAUUUGUUCAAUGUUUUUUUUUGCGAUUUUUUCGUAUUCAUAAUUCAUUAUCGUCGAUCUCAUUUAUAUUAUGUAAUUUUUGCAAUAUUUCACAUUUUUAUUUCUCGGGCUUUUGGUGAUUUGGA